AUGGCGCUGCCUGCGUCGUCCUCCACGCUCGCCUCGGCGAUGCUGCCGCCUGCAGUCACUCGACCGCGCGUGUUUCCGCAGCCGCCGCCGCCGCAACAGCACGACUUUGCUGCUGCCGCAUCGCCCUCUGCCUUCUUCGAUCCUAGCGUGCUGUACACGUCGGCAGCGCCGAACUGGCAGCCUGCCUCUGCGCCGCCGCACGUGCAGCAGUUCGUCUUCGUGCCGCCGCAGCCGCAGCAGUACGCUGCGUCUCCGCUGCGUGCGCAACGGCACUCGAUCGCCGAGUCGCCUCUGAGCUUCCUGAACAGGACGCAGCGCUCGCAAGAGGCAGCGCAGCACCGCAUCGCAGACAGCGCUCAGCGCCGCGCCAGCCAGCACAGCGAGCAGCAGCAGCAGCAUUUGCAGCAGCAGCACUUUCUGCGCCAGCAGCAGCUCUUCCAGAGCGGCGGCGUGCUUGUGCCCGACUCGCUCUUCCAGGACAUCGGUCCCUUCGGCCACCCGAUCAACAUGUCCGGCGCCAUGGGCGGCCCGUCGGUGCCAUCGUCGCUCGUCGGCGACUACUCCAUCGACUCCAGCUUCGGCUCCAUGCACCCUCUGUCCGGCGGCGAGUGCGACCCGCCCACGAUGCCGGAAGACAUGGCCGAGCGGCUGCUCAUUGCGCAGCGGGCGCAGGAGGCGGCGUCGGCCGAGGGCAGCGACGGCACCUUCGCGUGCCCCUACUGUGAGAAGAAGUACAUGGGGAAGCACGCACGCUCCAUCUGGCGCCGGCAUCUGCAGGACAAGCACGCCAUCCCACUCUCGCAGCAGCCACGGCGAACACGCUGGGACGGCGAUGCGAAUCGGCCAAAGAACGCAGAGGAGCGGCGGCAGCGCAUGCUCGAGAGCAAGCGCCGGUGGGCACGCAAGAAGCGUCUGAUGGAGAAGGCUGGGCAGGAAGGCACGCCUGCGGCACACGCAGCAGCGCUGGCAGCCCUUGAGCGCGAGGCUCGCGAAGGCAGUGACGCGAGCGUCAACUUCGACAGCAGCGCCGACGACGAGUUCCGUUCCGCGAAGCCCGACUCGCGGCGCGACAGCAAGGUCAAGGAGGAGACUGUGGCCGACUUUCCCGCCGACUUCUGGUCCUUCGGCAGCGCCUCGAUGGGCAGCAGCGCAUCCCACGACGGCAUUCCGAACUUUGCCGCGCCGUCGCCAGCGACCAUGCAGCGCUUCCUCGGCGCCAGCAUCACCAUGGCACCUGCGCCUCCGGGCUUCCGCCUGGGCGCUGGUGGCAUGCCAGAGCACGCGCGGCCCCUCUCCGGCACGCUGCACCAGGGCAGCCCUGUGCGCCGCGGCAGCUAUCCUCGCGAUGGCUCCUCGGCGUCCGCCUUUCCGGCCUCGCACUCGCUGCACGGCGCCUCGACCUCGCGUGAUGGAAAGACGUCAUUGCCGCUCAAGACGCCCGACGCUCGCCACCCGCAGCUCUACCCGACGCCGCCGUCGCAAGGCGACUCGGAGCGUGGCAGCAGCAGUCGUGCUGAGCUGGACGACCGCAUGCUGCAGAUGGCAAACGGUGGCGUGCCGUCUGGUCGCGCAUCGCCGUCUCGGCUCGGCCAGCGUACGCUUGGUCUGCCCUCGCCUCCGCUUUCCAACAUUGCCGACUCCAGUCCGUCGUACCUCGUCUCGCGCAGCGGCGCGCCUGACCAGUCACAGGCAGCCCUGCUGCACUCGACGCCGCGCUCUGCGGCUCGCGCUUCCAUUCGCCACUCGGGCGUCUCGCUUGAGCAGUACAAGAUCAGCCCGACGCAGUCGACGAUGCCGCGCAGCCUGUCGGGCGAUGCCAUGCGGUCAGCUUCCGGCUCGCAGCUCGCUGGCGUGACUGGCACGGACUCGAAUCCCUUUUCUCUGGACAAGCACAAGAUCAGUCCUGCGGUCGAGACGCGGCGUAUGGCGCCGGGCGCCUCUUCCAGCGGUGCCUCGAUCAGCAACCCGAGUCCUCUGGGCAAGAUCCGGCGCCUGCCACCACUCUUCGGCACGCCGCUGCGUCCGCUCGCCGACGUGCUCGAUGACGACGAGCCGCUGCUCGGCAUCAGUCUAGCCUCGAACAGCGGCGAAAGCGCGCUGCGCCGCGCCGGACCUGCGUCUGCUUCGCUGCUCACUCCUCUCUGCGAGGUGGGCGACGACUCGGGCAUCAGCUUCACGCCCUUCCAGAGCAGCAAGCUGCGCUCGACGGCCGGCGCAUCGCGCAUGUUUGCUCGACCCACGCCCGGCCGGCCGACACAGCGCGAGAGCGACCAGUUCUCGUCGCCGCAGCAUCUCGAGCUGACGCAGAGUCUCGGCCUCGCGCCGCACUCGGUGCACCGCUCGUCCAUUGCGUCUGGCUCCGCGUCCGGCUUCGGACCCUUCGGCUUCGCUGGAGGCGCGACGCCACUGGGCGCGACGCCGUUCCACGGCCUCGGCGGCCUCAACGGCAGCCCCUUCCCGGACAGCGCGUUGCGGCCGAUGCGCUACGGCCAGUCGAGCUCCUCGGCCGUGCUCGACGAGGAGGACGAGGACGAAGACGACGAGGGCGCAGGCAGCGCGCCGCACGACACGCCGUCGCGCCGCGGCGCUGCGGCACGGCGUGGUCUCGCCCUGGGCAGCUCGCAGGCGUCGAACUGUGCCAUGACGCCGAGCGGACCGCGACUGCGGCCGCUGAGCUUCAGCAUCGGCAGCGACGCCAGCAGCUCGGCGCAGAAGUCCACAGCGGGAAAGGCCGAUGCUGAGGACCAGGAGAACCGCGCACCGCUCGGCAGCAGCGACGAAGACGACGACGACGUGCCUGCCGCUCUGGCCGCCUCGCCGCGUCUGAACCCCCAGAAGCGCCAUGCUGGCCCGGCCUCGCCGUUCAAGCGCCUCGACGAUGCCCUCUCCAACGCCAAGCGCAGCCGCACGACGAGCAACGGCCUUGGCAGCCCUCGCAAGGCGGCACGUCGCUGA